CUGUGGGGUGAGAGGAGGGUCUGGCACCGUGCGGGGGUGGCACUUGGGGGGGCCAUGGCCAGGUGUGGGCAGCCCCCACAGGACACCGUGCCAGGCUCCACGUGGGCUCCCACCCCUGGCACCCACCCCGGGGUAUUUUCCUGGUGCCCAGACAAGCAGGACCCCAGCCCUGGGCAUCCGUCUGAGCCCCAGGUGGCUGCCGAGGGUUGGGGUGUCCCAGUCCCCCCAGUCCUGUCUGGGUACUGGGGGCUGGAGUGUAACACUGACAGCGAGCACAGCCCAUCAUGAGACCCCCAAGAAUCCCCCACAUCCCACGUGGGACCCUCACCAGUGGCCCCACACCAGCACUGAGGCUCUGGGGGCACUGGAAGAUGCUGGCUGAGCCGUGCUGGGCUGAGCCGUGCUGGGCUGAGGUUUGCCAGGCCGAGCUUUGCCGGGCCGAGCCGUGCCGGCGCCGUGGGGAGCAGGAAGCUGAGCGUGGCGGCGGCGGCUCAGCCCAAACACCUCCUCGGGUCCGGCCAAACCAGUUCUGGCGGCCGCUCCCAGCUCCACCUCACCGCCCUGGCAUCCGGGCCCGGGCGGCCGCGCCGGGAGCCGGGGGCGAGGGAGCCGCCGUGGGAACCGCCGCCAGCCCCGCCGCUGGCACAGCCCCCCGUGCCCCCACCCACGGCCGGUGCCAGCGCCCACGCGGUGCCGUGGUGCUCGGACACCGGCCACGCUCCGGUGCCAGCGCCAAACUGCCCCGCAGCAGGACCCGGGGAGGUGCCACGGCCCCGCCAGCACGUGGCACACGGAACACACACGUGGCACCCACGGUGGCAGCGGACGCCGGUGCCGGCGGCCCCAGGACACCGAGUAGAGCCAGGGGUCACCGGGGUCACGGCGGCUCCCCCGGAGGUCUCGGAGCAGACAAGACGAGCGGCGCGGCGGUGCAGAGCGGCCGGAAGUGGCGCAUCACGUGA